GUUGCUAUCCGUGCCACUUUCUUGUUUCUAUAGAUGUUUCCAUUGUGCGAAGCUGGAAAUGUUCCUGCGAGCGUAUACUUUGUAAAAUUGUGUGUGCAUAUGAAGUCGGUUGAUGUUGCUGCUCCGUGGCCCGCGAUCACGUGUCCUGUGUAUUAGAUCAGCCAUCGGAAGUGCGCGCCCCGCGGCAAUCUUCCACAUCGAGCCGCGACGUCUAAUUCCCAAAACCAUACAACGGACGGUCUCUCUCUCACCUUUCUCACUCUCAUGGCCAAUUCGGAGGAUUUCAGAUGGGUGAGAAUAUCAACCGUCGCCCUCGCCAUCGUGACCGCGGCGAUCUCCGUCGCCGCCGCCUUCGUCUCAGCUUCCAUCUCCAGGCGGAAAUCGAGGCGUCUGGCCUUUCGCGUCCGCGAGCUCGAAGCCUCUCUCGCGGCCGCUUUGGAGAAGGGCGCCUCGGAGAGACGCGGCAGAGUUAGAGCUCAGCAGGCCUUGAGGAAAGCUUUGGCUCAGCAGAGCAAUGAUGGACCGAAGAAGGCGUCCUCUUCUUCCUUUUCUUAUCCCAUGGCUCCCAUUGGCACCGUGCAAUCCUGCUUCUCCACGAGAAAUGGUACACCAAGGCAACCUCUACUUGUACCCCUUGCAAGAGCAUGCUUGGUACUUGACCCAAGUCGAGUCCCCCCAGAGGCACUUGAAGGCCUUGCAGAUUAUUCUCAUUGCUGGAUCCUAUAUGUAUUUCAUCUGAAUACUGACAUCGAUAAGCUGUGGAAUGAGCCUUCUAGGUCCAAGUUCAAGGCAAAGGUGAGAGUACCAAGACUAAAAGGCGGUAAGAUGGGAGUCCUUUCCACUCGAUCGCCGCAUCGACCUUGUCCUAUUGGUCUGACAGUUGCAAAGGUGGAGGCGUUAGAUGGACAUGCAAUUUUGCUUUCUGGAGUUGAUUUAGUUGAUGGCACUCCAGUACUCGAUAUCAAACCUUAUCUGCCAUAUUCUGAUAGCAUUGAUGGUGCAACUGUCCCUGAGUGGCUAAAGGUGGAAAAUUCCUUAGCUGUGGCAUCUGUUAGCUUUUCUGCAGACUGUUCUUCUUCUCUCUCCAGUUGUUGGAUAAAAGCUGAAAAUCAAUCACUCUAUGGUUCACCAGAUGAGUUUCAGAGCUUAAUUAAGGAGGUACUCUCUUGGGAUAUAAGGUCGCUGUCUCAAAAGAGCCGCCCCCAUCAUGUUUUCUUGGGGAAUGCGAGCCACAAUACUCUAGAAGAAUUGGUGGAUGAUGGGGUUGGAGAUCCCCAUGAUGCUUUCACUGAAAAGGCCUUGUCAUCCUCACAUGGUGACAUAACAUAUCACCUAAUCCUAGAAGGAUUUGAUGUUUCAUAUAGAAUUGACGAUAGUUCUAAUAUUAUGGUUGAGAAAGUCGACCUUGCCUCCAUUGCCAGAAAUCAAAGUCAUUACAAUUACUUGAUGUGGAGAGAUAAGCUCAAGCAGCAGAAGUAAUUAUUAUUAUCAUUUGACUUAUUUUGUAGGAGAAAGGUUUCAGAGGGAAAACAAGGUUCACAGUCCAAAUUAAUAUAUUGGCAGUCUUGCUGAUCACUCAUUCUUAAGCUUGGAUUUGGUCAUGAACUCUUGGUUUUCCCUUGAAUUUUUGUUUGUUGCAAAGCCCACCCACUCACCCACCCACCCACGCAAAAAUGGUCAGGUUUGCAAAAUGUAGUUGUAAGUGGCUUUGUGUUUUUUUAAAGACAGCAUGUGUGUGUGUGAAACUGUUGAUGAAUGUUGGCAACCGCUUCUAUAUUGUUUAUAUUCCAACUAGAGCAAUCCAUUUUCUUGUUUUUGCUUUUGGGGUGCCAAUCUGUGGAUCUCAACUGCCUUGUUCGUUUUUUUUUAUAUCUUUUAGUAUUCAUAGUAGUUUAAAGCUUAUAUGCGAGUCGUGAGUUGUUGCUUGAUGUAAAAGGGGACAGGAUGGUGGUCCACCUCCAGCGAGGAAGAGGACCUUUUGACUAGAUGAUCAAAGGACAGGAUGGCAAGCAUCAGAAUUGUCAUACCUCUUUUAAUGGUUCAGCUACCUGCAUGAUGGCUCGUCUGCCAUUGGGUGCAAAUUCCAUCAGUAACCCUUUCUUCCUAUCUAUACACGGGACUGCAUCUGCCUUAACAUGUGGAGAGAAGGCAGAAUUUUUUUGGUAAACAUAAUAGGCUAAUUUUGUUGCAAAUUUGCAAUAAAAUUACUUAUUACAGUUUGUUUGAAAUCCAUUUUGAUUUCUGAAUGUCAAAAUGUAAGGGAGUAUGCAUGCAUAAUCCCGUGUUUUUACAAGGUUGGGUUUCUC